UAUUUGGAAUGGUGCCAAAACCCCGAAAUGCAAGAAUUGUUUCAGUUAAUCUUCGUAGCGUUUUACAGUGGGAUGCACCUAAGUUCCACGAAGGGAACAUAAAUUACACUGUCCAAUCUAAGAGUGUCAUCGUACCUGGAGACACAUACAGAAACGUGAGCACAAACUUGAGACUCACAGAGUGUAAUGUCUCUUCUCUGUCUGCGUAUGGAGACUACAUUUUACGGGUCAGAGCAGAAUCAGAAAAUGACCAUUCAGACUGGGUGACCGUCAGGUUUAAGCCAAUGGAUGACACAGUCAUUGGGCCACCCGACGUAAAAGUGAAGUCAGAGUCCGGGUCCCUGCAUGUGGAUUUUGUAGGCCCUUUCGCUGAACAUGACAAUUGGCCUCUAAAACAGUAUUACGGCUCGUGGAAUUACAGAAUACUGUACUGGAAGAAACGCAGCAAUACAGAGGUAACUCACAUGGACACUAAACAUAACUCUGAAAUACUGUCUUGGUUGGAGCCAUGGACAAUAUAUUGUGUUCAAGUGCAAGCAGUUAUCCCCGAGUGGAACAAAACAGGGAAGCUGAGCGGAGAGCUUUGUGAGCAGACAACUCACAACGGUGUAACUCCUGUGUGGAUAAUUGUGACUGUUCUUAUAGGAUCCAUGUUGGUCGUUGUAAUAUCUGUUCCUGUUUGUUUCUUUUCCUUCUUGUAUCUAUAUCGACUCACCAAACAUGUUUUCUGCCCUUCAUAUAUCUUCCCACAACACUUGAAAGAGUUUUUGAGCAAGCCUCCCAGCAGUUCUGAGUUUUUUUCUCCAUUCCCACAAGAAGAGCAUCUCUCUUGUGACAAGCUAACUGUCGUUGCAGAUCAUGAGACUGGGGGAGAGGCCAGCAAGACAACAGAGCACCUUCAGGGCUCUGAACAAGAAGGUUCUGAUUCAAGAAUAGUACUGGCUUCAGAAAAGGCCUAA